AGGGGCUCUAGCGGUUGUUCCGGUCGGGGAUUCUUAGCGAAGUCCUGGAGCGGUGGACAACCUCAGCGUUUUGCUGCAGGAGAGCGGGAUCCCUGAGUGUUUAAUAUCGUCUAGAAAAAAGAUACGAUAGCGUUCCGUAGUCUCCUGCCGAAUCUACCGUAAUUGUGGAAAGAUGUCAAAGCAGAAAAGGAUUUCAUAUAAAAUCCCUUUUAAACUGGAGGUACUGAAGUAUGCCAAAGAACAUGGGAACAGAGCAGCGGAGAGACACUUUGGGCCACCUCCAACCGAAAAAAUGAUACGGGAAUGGAGGAAACAGGAGGAUCAACUGCAAAAGACGGACAAAACGAAACAGUGUUUUCGUGGGCAUGCUGCAAAGUGGCCACAAUUAGAAGCGGAUAUGAAAGAGUGGAUCACACGUCACAGGAACCAUGGCUUUUCAGUAUCUACAAAACUGAUUAUAUAUGAAACCAAACGUCUUGCUGCAGAGAAAGGCAUUGAGGACUUCACUGGAUCACCAUCAUGGUGCCACAGAUUUCUGAAGAGAUGUGGCCUUGCUGUGCGCACCAAAACUAGGACUGUACAAAAAAUGCCUAUAGAAUAUGAGUCCAAGUUAGUGUCUUUUCACAAAUCUGUACUGGAUGCAAGAAAGAAAAAUGGAUUUGAAAUAAGCCAGAUUGGGAAGAUGGAUCGAGUCCCGUUAUCCUUUGAUGUUCCAUCAAACAAGACUGUUGAUGUGAAAGGUGCGUCUUAUGGUCUGGUGCAUCUUAUAGUACAAAAAAUACGGUCGCUUGGACUGGCUCAGAAGGAGCAGGAGAAAAUGACCAAAUUCCAGGAGGCUGUGACAUUCAAGGACGUGGCUGUCAUCUUCACAGAGGAGGAGCUGAGGCUGCUGGACCCUUCCCAAAGGAUGCUGUACCGAGAAGUGACCCUGGAGAACCUCAGGAACCUGGUCUCUGUGGGACACUGGAACCAAAAUGAGGUAGAGAGUCUUCAAGAAGUUGCAUUAAGGUACCUUUUACAUGAAGACCUUGUGUGCUGGCAAAUAUGGGACCAACUUCUGAGUAAGUUAUCCGGAAAUCAAGACUUGAUAAUAAGCCUGCGAGGCAAGAAGUCAGAUUUGCCAAAACAAGGUGAUUCCUCCUGUCAGUUGUGUGCAGGAGAAUCUACUCAGAUUUCAGAAGUGGAGAAAGAUGUAAUAAAAGUUCAAUGGGAAGUUCAGAGUUUCAAUAGUAUAAAAAAAGACUUUCCCAUGAAAACCAUCCACAAUUGCCAGAAGAAAGUGUAUCUGAGAGAGUCACAGAAUGAUCAGAGUAGUUCUCAGCACGGUGACCACAAAUGUAAACUGUGUGAGUGUGAGCACUGUGUUAGGAGAAGGACCUCUGGUCUCCACAGUGAUGAUCAGGAAGUGAGGGAAGGUAAGACAUCUUAUAGCCACAAGAAUUGCCUGAAAGACUUUGUGAAGCCAUCAUUCCAGCAAAAUGUAAUCCACUCAGAAGAGCACACCUCUCCUGAAAAUGGAAAAGGCAUCAGCCUUAGCCCCAGACUUGAGUUUCAUCAGCAAUUGCACCUGGGAGCAAAAUCUCAUAUAUAUAGUGAGUUUGGGGAGUGUGAGAGGUUUAGCUCAGAGGUCUGCACUCAUCAAGGUGUUCACAUAGAAGAGAAAUGCAAAAGGAGUGAUGAGUGUGGUCAGGAUGUUAGUCAAAGUUCUCAUCAUGAAAUUCAUCAACGAGUUUACACUGGAGCGAAACACUAUAAAUAUGUCCUGUGUAGGAAAAGCAUGAGUCAGAAUUCAUGUCUUCACUAUCAUCAGCAAGUUCACCUUGGACAGGAACCCUACAAAUGUGCUGUGGGUGGGAAGAGCCUCAGUCAGACCUGCAGUCUUCAAUCUCACCAGCGACUCCACAGUGGAGAGAAAAUCAAGAAAUGUGAUGAGUGUGGGAAGAGCUUCAAUCGGAGUUCAAAACUUCAAAUUCAUCAGCGAGUCCACACUGGAGAGAAACCUUACAAAUGUCCUGUGUGCGGGAAGAGCUUCAGUUAUACCUCUGGUCUUCAAGCUCAUCGGCGACUGCACACUGGAGAGAAACCCUACAAAUGUGCUGUGUGUGGGAGGAACUUCAAUUAUACUUCCAGUCUUCACACUCAUCAGCGAGUCCACACGGGAGAAGAACGCUACAAAUGUGGUGUGUGCGGCAAGAACUUCAGUCGGAGUUCAUAUCUUCAAGAUCAUCAGCGAGUUCACACUGGACAGGAACCUUACAAAUGUGUCGUGUGUGGGAAGAGCUUCAGUUUGAUGUGCAGUCUUCAAGCUCAUCAGCAAGUCCACUCUGGAGAGAAACCCUAUAAAUGUGCUGUGUGUGGGAAGCGUUUUGCUCGGGGUUCAAACCUUCAAGCUCAUCAGCGAAACCACACUGGAGAGAAACCCUACGAAUGUGCUGUGUGUGGGAAGAGCUUCAGUUAUACCUCCGGCCUUCACACUCAUCAGCGACUCCACACAGGAGGUGAACGCUACAAAUGUGGUGUGUGUGGGAAGAACUUCAGUCGGAGUUCAUAUCUUCAUGAUCAUCAGCGAGUUCACACUGGACAGGAACCUUACAAAUGUGUCGUGUGUGGGAAGAGAUUCAGUCAGACGUCCAGUCUUCAAGCUCAUCAGCAAGUCCACAUUGGAGAGAAACCCUGGAAAUGUGCUGUGUGUGGGAAGAGUUUCAGUCGAAGUUCAUACCUUCAAGUUCAUCAGCGAAACCACACCGGAGAGAAACCUUACAAAUGUUCUGUAUGUGGAAAGAACUUCAGUCAUACCUCCAGUCUUAAACAUCAUCAGAGACUCCACAGUGGAGAGAAAAUCAACAAAUGUUCUGAGUGUGGGAAGAGCUUCAGUUAUAUCUCCAUUCUUCAAAUUCACAUGCGAGUUCACACUGGAGAGAAACCCUACAAAUGUACUGUGUGUGGGAAGUGCUUUAGUCGGAGUUCACAUCUUCAAGAUCAUCACCGAGUGCACACUGGAGAGAAACCCUACAAAUGUACUGUGUGUGGGAAGAACUUCAGUCGGAGUUCAUAUCUUCAAGAUCAUCACCGAGUUCACACUGGACAGGAAGCUUACAAAUGUGCCAUGUGUGGGAAGAGUUUUAGUCAGACAUCCAGUCUUCACGCUCAUCAGCGAGUCCACACUGGAGAGAAACCCUAUAAAUGUGCUGUGUGUGGGAAGAGCUUCAGAUGGUGUAAAGAUCUUCAAGUUCAUCAGCGAGUCCACACUGGAGAGAAACCCUACAAAUGUGCUGUGUGUGGGAAGAGUUUCAGUAGGCGUUCAUAUCUUCAGGAUCAUCACCGUGUCCACACUGGAGAGAAACCCUACAAAUGUGCUGUCUGUGGGAAGAGCUUCAGUAGGAAGCCAGAUCUUAAAGUUCAUGAGCGAAUUCACACUGGAGAGAAACCCUACAAAUGUCCUGUGUGUGGGAAGAGCUUCAGUCAGAGCUCUGGUCUUCAAGUUCAUCAGCAUGUCCACACUGCUGAGAAACCCUACAAAUGUUCUGUGUGUGGGAAGAGCUUUAGUCACAAUUCUGGACUUCAAGUUCAUCAGCGAAUACACACUGGAGAGAAACCUUAUAAAUGUGAUUUGUGUGGGAUGAGGUUCAUUCGUAUGUCCAGUCUUCAAGCUCAUCAAGGAGUCCACACUGGAGAGAAACCCCACAAAUGUGCUGUGUGUGGGAAGAGCUUCAGUCGGAAUUCAUAUCUUCAAGUUCAUCAGCGACUUCACACUGGAGAGAAACUCUACAAAUGUGAGGUGUGUGGGAAGAGCUUCACUCAGAGUUCCUAUCUUCAAGGUCAUCAGAGAGUCCACACUGGAGAGAAACCCUACAAAUGUGCUGUGUGUGGGAAGAGCUUCAGUCGGAGUUCACAUCUUCAAGUUCAUCACCAGGUUCACAAUGGAGAGAAACCCUAAAAAUGUGCUGUGUGUGGGAAGAGCUUUAGCUGAAGGUCAGACCUUAAAGUUCAUCAGCAAGUUCACACUAGAGAGAAACCCUACGCAUGUGCUGUGUGGGAAGAGCUUCAGUCGGAGUUCACAUCUUUUUUUUUUUUAAGAUUUUACUUAUUUAUUUUUUUAGAAAGGAAAGGGGAAGGGGGGAGAAACAGAGAGAGAGAAACAUCAAUGUGUGGUUGCCUCUCACAUGGCCCCCACUGGG